AUGCUGCGGGACGUGGGGGCCGUCACCGUCACCUGCCUGCAGCUCCUGCUGCUGGCGGGCGGCGCGCAGCCUCGGCCCCGCGCGUGGGACGAGGACGGGCAGCAGCUGGAAGCCAUCAAACACGGCAUCCUGCGGCGCUUGGGCAUGGCCGCCCCCCCUCCCGUGCCGCACGCUCCGGACCCGGAGAUCAUCAGCCGAGCGCGGCGGCUGUACGAGCGGCGCGUGGCCGAACUGCGAGGGAACCGCAGCCGGGAACGGGAGGAGCGCGACGGAGCGGCGGCCGCGACGCGUUGGCACCGCCUGACCGCCAUCCUGCGGCGCCUGCCGGACCCCCCCCGGGGAGAGCGGGACCCCCAAGGGGGGCAGGAACCACCCAGAGGACACCGGGACCCCCACGGAGAGCCGGAUCCCGACGGCGACCAGCACUCCCACGGGCAGCGAGACCCCGAAGGUCAGCGGGACCCCCGCGGACGCCGGGACCCCCCCGGGCCGUACCGUUACCUCCUGCUGGUGCCGCGCACCGGAGCUCUCCGCCAGAGGCCGCAGGUGCUGCGGGCACGGCUGCCGCUCCCCCCGCACUCAGCACCGCUCCGGGUCAGCAUUUACACCCCCGGGGGGUCCGGCGGGGCCCCGCGUCUGCUGCAAGGCCGGGAUUUGGACCCCCGCUCCCUCCACCUGGACCUGACGUCGCUCAUCCGGCACUGGGCCGCCGGGAGCAGCGCCGCGCUGCGCUUGGAGUUGACCUUCAGCUCCGACGCGUCGGCUCCGUGGGACGGCACCGGAACCGGGAACGCGGUUCUGGAAGUGGAAACGUGGGACGGGGAGGGGCGGGGAGCGAGGAGACGGCGGGGGCUGGAGGAGGAGUGCGGGAAGAGCGAGGGGAAAUGCUGCCGGCGGGUGCUGAAGGUGUCCUUCCAGGAGAUCGGGUGGGACGACUGGGUGCUGGCGCCGCGCAGCUACGACAUGCGCUUCUGCCAGGGCUCCUGCCCGCACAACUACCGCGCCGCCAGCAUGCAUGCGCAGAUCCAGGCCCGCGUGCACGCCCUGAGCCGCGCUGCCCCGGCGCCCUGCUGUGUGCCGGCUGCCUACGACCCCAUGGUGCUGAUGCACUACGAUGGAGAGGGCAGGUUGGUCAGCUCUGUCUUCGAGGAUAUGUUGGUCACUCGCUGUCACUGCGCCUGAGGGCGCCGCUGGGUGGAGGGGUGCCCACCUCCAUCUGGAGGGACCUGUCACCCCUGGGUGCGGGGAGCAGCGCUGCUGGGUGUAGGGAUCUGCCAGAUGUGGACGUCGGGUUCCGUCACCCCCAUCAAAGGGUUCCGUUACGUCUGGAUGUGGGCCUCCAUCAGCUCUGGGUCUGGGGAUCCGUCGCCUCCAGACACAGGAAUCCCUCGCCUUCGCCUAAAGGAAUCCAUCGUUGCAAACAGGGACUGGCAGCUCUGUUGCAGGGCUCCAUCCCCUCCGGAUGUAGGAACUCGUCAUCUCUGUCUAUAUGGACCCAGCACCUCCACCUGCAGGGACCCCUCGCCUCCCGAUGCUGAUGUCUGACCUCCUGCUGCAGGGCCCCCACCCCAUCCUGGUGGCACCGACCCCAGGGCCGCAGACCCCACUGCCAUCACUCCACGCCGUAACUUAUUCCCCUCUCCCCUUAUUUAAAGCAUUGGUUCAGCAGGAGGAGCCCCCCACCCCCACCCCCCCCCGGCUCCUCUGAGCCUUUUUUAUACAGUCCUUUAUUUAUUGCUCGUUAUUUAUUGCACUGUACGCCUUUGUUGGGAUUCUUUUUUUUUUUUGGUAUAUUUAUAUAUUUCUAUGAAUCCAAUCGCGAUGUAAAUGAAUAAAGUGAUGGGAACACGGCGCCAGCAGCUCGGCCCCACGCGGCCACGUCCCCCCCCAGCCCCCAAUCCGUCACCCAUGGGUGAGUCAUGUGUGGGCUGCGCUCCAGCAGCACUUUGCCCCCGUUGUGGCCUUGGGGCGGGCGCUGGGAAGCCCUGACCGCAUCGGGGAUGUGGCACCCAUUUACUGGUACCCACAGCCAGGGGAUGGGGGCAGGGGGACGGGGACAUGAGGACAUGAGAUAUGGGGACGGGGACAUGAGGACAUGAGAUAUGGGGACGGGGGGCAUGAGACAUAGGGAUAUGGGACAUGGGGGACAGGGGGAUGGGGACAUGAGACAUGAGGCUGUGACAUAUGAGAAUAUGGGAUGGGGGACAUGGGAUGGGGGUGGGGAUGUGAGGUACAGAGACACGGGGACGUGGGGAUGUGGGACAUGGAGAUACUGGGACAUGGGGACUUGGAGGUGGCACCCAUGGGGAAGAGGGACAUGUGGGAACACGGGGACAUUGAGAUACGGAACAUGGGGACAUGGGGAUGGGGGACAGGAGGAGUUCCAGCCUGGGGUUAUGGGCUCUGGGGACCACAGCUCAAUGGAUGUGGGACGUGGGGUCACCAUGAUGGGGACGUGGCCUUAAGGGACUGGGAAAUAGGAACCUGCCAGUGUGGGACCCGUAUUGUUGGCACCUCUGCUCUGGGAACGGGACCCCCAGCACCCCACACAGCCCCUGGGGGGUUCCAGCAGACCGUGAGUCCCACGGGUCACUGAGGACAGCCCAACAUUUAAUGUCACCGUGGAGAAUCACAAGGACCCGUGCGAGGCUGGGACACGGGGUGCCCCCAUGUCACCACCCACCUCGCAGCCACACACUGCCA